AUGUCUUCACCACCAAUAAUAACCACAAGGAGCGUUCUUCCUUCCCCAAAGCCUGCCAAGCCAUGGACUCACCAUUUGACACUCGACACUGUGGUCAAAGUCCUCCACCGAACAAUCCUCAACCCGUUCCUUGCUUGGAUCAUUGUCCUCUGUCUCCGUGCCCAGGUUACACCACCCACACACCCAGCUUGGAUUAGUGGCGUCAGCUAUGCUAUCUUUGUAACGCUGCUCUUCGUGGCGGGCACGAUCAACCACCGCGUCGCGCAUGGCCUCCCGCGAACUGUGGAUCCCGAACAUGAAGUCGUCCUUGUUACCGGUGGUGCUAGCGGGCUGGGCUUGCUUAUUGCGCAACUAUAUGGUAUGAGAGCAGCUAGCGUUGCUGUUCUAGAUGUGAGGGAAAUUGGAGAAAAGGAAAUUGAAGAAGUAUUUGGUGAGGGGGUUGAUGUCAGAUGUUAUCAGGUUGAUGUUGGCGAUAGAAGCCAGUUGGAGAGUGCUAAAGAAAAGAUUUUGGAAGAGCUUGGGACACCGACUAUCGUGAUCAAUUGUGCCGCUGCGAGAAUUAAUGGCCAAUCGCUACUGGAACUGUCCGCAAAUGCAUUCGAGAAGACAAUCCGCACGAAUCUCACAGCCGCGUUUCAUCUGUACCAGAUUUUUCUUCCAGGUAUUCUAGCAGCAGAAAGUGGAGGCACACUUGUGACUGUCAGCUCCGUCCUAGGCCAAUUAUCUCCAGCUGGAUUGUCGGAUUACUCUGCCAGUAAGGCCGGACUCAGUGCGCUACACCGAACAAUGGAAGCAGAAUUGCGUGGUUAUGAGCAUAUCAAAACUUUGUUGGUGGAGACGGGCCAGAUGUCAACACCGCUAUUCAACUGGGUUCGCACCCCGAGUCAUUUCUUUGCGCCAGUUCUAGAACCAGUUGAAGUCGCUCGAGAGAUUGUGGCUGCGGUUGAUAGUGGCCAGGGCGGUGUACUCAGGUUACCCGCAUUUGGGAAACUGGUGAAUUGGUAUGCUGUGUUCCCGGGUGCAUUGCAAGUUGUAGCACGGUACCUGAGUGGCAUUGAUGCUGCUGUAUCUUCCGGUCUCCCGAGUCGUGAAACACCCAGCAGUAGCGGUGGACGGGUCCUCAGGAGCUCAAAGCGACGGACCGAUUGA